AGCGAGCGGGCAAAGCGUGUUAAGCUCUGGCAUGAGUAUAGCACGUGCCAGAAAUAGAUACGAAUUUUCCUUGUGUCAAAUGCUAUGCGGGGGGUGCAACGACAUUCAGACUAUGUGGAUGCACAGGCCUACACCCUCAGUCAGUCUAAAAGUAUCGUCGGUCAUGGUCGCGCGAUGUGUUCUUCUAAAUUCUAAAAAUUGCUAUCAGGGAACAAAAAUUAAACAUUAAAAACGAUUGAACAUUAAACUGUUUUAUCGCAUUGAGAAAAUAAUUGGAAGAAAUUAUUUUUAAGUGUAAGUGAAGGCAAUUAUUGUAUUAUAAAUUCAAUUAUUCCAGAAAAAGAGAAAGAGGACAGACAUUUAAAUAUUUAUUAAGUGGAGCGAUUACAAUAAAGAUCAUUGGAAAGGUCAUAAAUGAAACAAUUUAACGAAUAUUGCAAUUCAAUAUACAGAAGUGAGCAUUAAAUUAAUUGUCUGCAACACAGAAUAAUAGGCAUAAACAAUAUGGCACCUAUAAUUAAAAUGUCAUCCUCUGGUACGCACGGCGCGGGGGGUGUUGGUUGCUGCUGUUUUAGAUGUUGCACGUGUAUACACGUGGAGUUCUUUAAAUCAUUGCCAGGAAUCAUAAAAGUUUGUGAAACGGUAAUUAGUGGAUUAAUUCAAAGUCUGCUUAUUAAUUAUGGCUUAAGAUAUAGUUCAAAAAUUGGCUCGGCUUUCGAGGGAUCAUUGACCACGGCAUCCGCCUGCUUCCUGACUUCCGCUCUGUUACUCGCUUGCUAUACGAUUUCUGAAAAAUCUUACAAGUUGAUUCGAUCAUCAUUUUUUGAGGUGAUGUUCAAUUCUUUAGCCUGCUUCCUGUACUUAAGCUCAUCAUCUUACUUAGCUUUUGCUACCAAAUUGUUCUUAAUGACCGAGUAUUAUUUAAUACCCGGCUUCGACGUUUAUCCUGCCAUGACAGCCGCUUAUAUUUUAAGUGGCGUCGUGGGAGUAUUACACGGUGCGGAUGCUUAUUUAUCCUUUGUGCAUUACAAAACAGGAAGAUAAAUUACGAUAAUCACGAGAAUGCCAGCCGUAUAAUUCUACGACGAGAUGUGGCAAUUAUAUAAAUGCCUGUCUAUUAUAUAACAACAUUAAAUGAUAUUUUGGAGCACGAAUCUCGAAACAGAAUUGAGUGUUAAAUUAAUCAUCAAUUUAUCGAUUAAUAGUAUACUAAUAUUAUAAGAUACAUCGAUUAACAAUUUUGAUAUAAGAUUAUAAAAUAUUUAUUAAAUAAUAUUAUUAUUUUAUAUUAUUUAAUAUUAUUUUACAAAUUAAUUAUUUUAUUUAAUUAUUUUAUUUUAUUUUUUUAAAUGACGCUAUUCUAGUUGAAAUAUGGUAAGCUGGAAUCAAAUCAGUUUUACUAACUACACGUAAUCGUAGCAUAUCCAUGUAUAGUAUUGCUUAUCAAUUUGAGGCGUAUUUGACAUGCUUAUUAAAUCACUGUUUCGUUGAAAUUUGAUGCGUCAUAAAGUGCUGCCGUAUUUACGUGGGUGACCAAAUGGAUGGUACAUAUUUAAAAAAAUGAUUGAUGAUUCACCUGUGUAUUCAGUUUCAUUACGUUGAUGUAUACGUGAUAUGAAAUAAACAUCGAUAAGAAA